AUGGCUCCGGCUUCUACACAGCCCAAACAGAGGAAACUCACUUCCUACCUCAUCUUCUACUUUUCCUUCAAGGAGCACGCCAAGGCCAGCCCCCAGCCUAUUAAUGGCAAAGAACUUUCCAAGAAAUGCUCAGAAAAAUGGAAAGCCAUGUCUAGGGAGGAAAAAAAGAAGUACGAAGACAUAGCAAAGCAGCACAACGCAAAAUACACAACGGCGAGAACGUCAGAUCCUCUAAGGGGAGUGAGGAGACAGCAGAGAAAAAGGCAAAGGAAAAGAAACAGCCUCACUACGAUGAAGCAGCCACUACCUGCUUUCUUUCUCUUCGCAGCAAAGCAUCGCCCAGCGCUGAGGAAAUCAAAUCCGCACUGGACAGCUGUAGAAACUGUCAAGAAGCUUGGGAAAAUGUGGCAUGAACAGCCAGAAAAAGACAAGGCAACGUACAAACGGCAGGCUGCCCUGCUGAGGAGGAAAAACCAGAGCAGAAAGCAGCAGGAUAGGGCAUGA